CUCUCUCUCUCUCUCUCUCCUUUUUCUUUUUUGUGGUUUUGUACAUAUAUUUUCUAGUGAACAAGAAAUUUAUGAUCAAAGGCAUGUCAAGGUGGUGCUCCCCAGAAUGUCAUGAUGCACGUAUCUUUAUUUUUUCUCUCCAAGAAGUUAGUUUGCAGCAUGUCAUUGGACCUUCAUCAGCACUGGUCUACUUCCAUCAUGUAAAGUUCCACUGGAAUAACGAAAUCCUACUAAAACUAAAUGGUGUAGUCAUCUCAUCAUUACCACUCGAAACUUAUUAUUGGGCCUAGUCAAGUAGAAGGAUAUCUUUCCUCAAAUCCUUCCAUUCCCUCCCUUCUUGCACCCCUCUUGCCACCUCAGUGGUAUAAAUGAAUAAAAUACCAAAGCCUCUCAUUCUGUCAGGAGGUGGAAUCCCUCCACGGUUAAAGGCUAAUCAGUGAUUUAUGAACCUUUCCAUCACCUCCUUGUCCGCAUGCUUUGGCUUCAACAACAAGAUAGAAUCAAUCUCUGAGUCUUUGCUUCCACCCCAAACCAAACCACUCACCAACCAGGCCAUUAUACUGUGGAGGCUGAAAACAGCGGUGAGAAGGCCAUCUCUCCCUCCAUCUAUUAAUGAGACGAUUCAUUUCCUCUUCCCUCCCUCCCUAUUCUGCUAUGCUUCUUAAGCAAGUCAGUUUGAAUGACAUCAAACAGUGGUCUCCACUACCCACCUCUUCCCAUCUCCAUCCAUGCAAUUCUCUAUUCUACAUAUUUCAAACUUCUUUGCGACAUGGCAUCCCUCGUUCGGUCUUAGGAAAGCAACAGGUCUAAUCCUCUGCUUCUCAAAUGGAUUCCAUAGAGGAGCAUUCUCUUUCCAGUAAAAUACUCAUUGGUAUCUCACUCGACGCACGAGCUAGCAGUGAGCUUCUUUCGUGGGCGGUUGGAAAUGCAGCUCAUCCAAAUGACACCAUUGUUGCCUUCCAUGUUCUCGUUGGGAAAGGAGAGAAGAAAAUUAACUCAGAUAAGACUAGACUGCGCCAAGCGAAGAACUUUGUGAUUUCCAUGCUUGGAGAGUUUGUUGAUAUCUGUGAGACUAAGCAGGUGACGCUGGAGGCAAAGGUUAGGAGCAGCUCGAGCAUUGGAAGGGGUCUUACCGAUGAGGCAGCAUCGAUCGAUGCCAACUUUCUUCUUGUCGGUGGCUCGAGGAAUUCAUCCCAAAGAAAUUCAUUUGAAAUCACAAAGUAUUGCAUCAAGUAUGCUCCCGAAGGCUGCUCGGUUGUCGCUGUUGGAAAACCAGGAAACCAAUCUUUGAGCUCGAGAUGGAACAACAAAAACGUCGAUGUGGAUAAGGCUCCAUCCCCUCUGCAGAAGCUUUUUGGGUCAAAUUCCAAGAUAGAGAAGAGGCUUUCAUCCUGUCAAAGUACCUGCGAGAAGAGCUCGCCUAGAGCUGUUCUAGAUGGACCUGAGGGAGAGAACCCUGCUCCAGAGGAGUGCUUUAGUCCCUCUAGCAAUGAGACUAGCGGUCGCAGCCGGUCCGGCAUUUGGAGGCGCCUUUCUAUUGCCAAGCUGUUCUUUCCUUUCUUUCGUUCUACAGAGCACUUAGCCGGAAAGGAGACUGAUGGGUGCUCGACCUACACUGAAGACCAGAAGCCUUCUUGGAGAUGCUUUAGCUAUGAAGAGAUUUCUAGUGCUACAAAUAACUUCCACCCCGACAAUAUGGUCGGUAAAGGAGGAUAUGCGGAAGUAUUCAAAGGAAACCUCCAUGACGGCCAAGCUGUAGCAGUGAAGAGAUUGGCUAGAGGCAACACCAGUGAGCAAAAAGAGAAGGAAUUCCUUACAGAACUAGGCAUAAUUGGGCAUGUAUGCCAUCCAAACACAGCCUCCCUGAUAGGCUGCUGCAUUGAGAAUGGACUUCAUCUGAUCUUCGAUUUUGCUGCUAAUGGAAGCUUGGCAUCAGCUUUGCAUGGUAAAAAUGGCAAGUUCCUCGCGUGGUCGGUGAGAUAUAAGAUAGCCAUGGGGAUUGCUAGAGGUCUGCACUACCUUCACAAAUGCUGCAGGCGGAGAAUCAUUCACCGUGAUAUAAAGGCUUCCAAUGUUCUCCUUGGGCCAGACUUUGAACCCCAGAUUUCAGAUUUUGGACUGGCAAAAUGGCUUCCAAAACAAUGGACUCAUCACUGUGUCAUCCCAAUAGAGGGCACUUUUGGGUAUUUGGCGCCAGAGUACUUCAUGCAUGGGAUUGUUGAUGAGAAGAUUGAUGUUUUUGCCUUUGGGGUUCUGUUAUUGGAGAUUGUUACUGGCAGGAGGCCUGUGGAUUCAUCAAAGCAGAGCCUGCUCCUUUGGGCCAAGCCACUUAUAGACACUGGGAGAAUAGCUGAACUGGCUGACCCAAAGCUCGAAGGUAAAUAUGACCCGGAUCAGUUGCAGAAAUUAGUGCUCACUGCCUCCUGCUGUGUGAGACAGACAUCUAUCUGGCGUCCAUCCAUCAGUGAGGUAUUACAGCUCCUAACAGACUGCGAUGACUCCAAAGUAAUAGAAAGCUGGAGGAUGCCCGAAAGCCAGAUCGAUGAAAUGGAUGAUUGGAGUUUGGGUUCAGACUUCUGCUAUCCCUACUAGCCAUCUCUUCCACAAAAUAUUGGUAGGUCUAGAGUUUGUUUUCGUUUUUUGCACUGGUUUAGAAUAUGAUUGACUGAUAACUAUGAGAACCAUGAUGAAGUUAUUUGGUCUUUGUAAUUUAUUGUGAUAGGCAUGGAUGUCAAGGUUUUGAUUUCUCUCUGUUUCAAUGCCAUGUUAUAUGAUUUUGUGAUAAAAAAAGACUUGAAGAGAAUUGCAGAUACAUGUCCCAUUUUGGAGGUGGCUAAAAA